UCAAUUACAAGGCCAGACUGCGAGCAAAGCACGGCUGUCCUCUGGUGUUGUUGAAACAUAAAUAGCUAUUGACGUCCAGACAGUGGCAGCGCUUGAGAUCAUUCAUUUGUCACGCUCCCACACUUGCCUUUUCCACAAUUGUUGCUGUCACUUCACCACCAUGGAUCGCUAUCCUUGCGUAAACAGAUACAAGCACGGCGUCGACUGCCCCGGCUGGGUGAACGUGCACAACGCUCGCUGCGAAGACUGCGUCGUGUACAACCGAUAAGCAGGUAGCCUGUGGGCUGAGGGAGGGAAACGGAGGGGACCAGGUUAGGUUGGAUUGGGGUGUGUGUAUGAGUGUAUGGAUGGCUUGGUAUUCUGAGGGCGCGCGGUGCAACACGACAAGCAAUAAAUGCGAGGCUCCAGGGAAGUGGCUCCGUCCUCAUUUCUCGCCAUGUUUACACCCCUCAGCAAGUUAAUGUUCGGCGCCAAACACCCCUUGGUGUUCAUGCAUUCACUGAAGACUCCCAUCGUGAUUACUAUUUUCAAUCCAUUUGAGUCCCCACCCGUCUGGUUCCUCUUUGUAUUACCCCCUCCGGCCAUCUCACGUAAAAGUCCUGUCUUACUCCCUUGCCUACCUGCCUACUUGCCUGCUUGGUUGUAUCUCACUGCUACUCCUCCUCUUACUUCUCCCUAACCCUUUCCCUCGUACCCUCUCCUAUCAUCCCCAUCCACUGCCUUCAGUCCGCGUCACGUUGCGCUGGUCCAAGUAACUGGACAUCGACCAGAACUAGAGACCAGGAUUGGGACUUGCGACUGGGAAUAGCUACUCCUCCGAGUUUCACGGCCAUGGAUUACAUCACAUCUUUACCCCCGGAAAUUAUUCAAAUGAUCAUCGAGAAGUUGGAUAAUAAAAAGGAUCUUCGGCAUUUCGCGGCCGCUCAUCGGGUUUUCUGCGCUGCGAGCCUCAGUAUGCGACGCCUCUAUACCCGGGACAUGUACGACUGGAUUCUCAAAGUCAUCUGGAAAGGAGAUCCAGUCAGAGGUGAGGUCGACGCUGAGGCAAUCGAGCGCGUCCGUCAUGCCCUCCGACCUUCUAUGCCUCGAACGGAAACAGAAUACCUAUUCCCAAUCACAACGAUUAUACCACGACUACCGGACACAGAUGGGGACAACGAGUUUCCACGCGAAGAAUAUCAAUUCACACUCCUCCAUAUUGCGGCUUGGUUGGGCUUUAUUGAUCUAGCCCGGGCACUUCUACAGAGCGGUGCCGAUAUCAACGCCAUGGUCCUCAAUGAUAUACACGACAUGGACUACGUGGAACACACACCGGUUUUCCUAGCCGCUGCAAAUUGCCAAUGGGAGAUGGUAAAGCUCCUCGGAGAAAAAAAGGCUCAUAUUGGACGAAGCUUACUCUGGAUGAAUAUUUAUAAUUGUUGGUUGGACUACAGGUUGGUUAGUUGGUUGUUCGAUCGAACGGUGUUGCGAAUAGCUUCUUGUGGAUGUGUUCCUACGUGUAGGCUGGCCGAAGGGCCAGGGGCCAUCCAGCCAGCCUGCGCGCGCACUGCCCGUUAUGUGGGGCAGAUCUGCGCGCCGGCCAUACCUUCGUACCCAUUGAUUUGCCCAGGCCGGAUUUGUCCCGUGCCUCAGGCUGGCAGCCACGAUUCCAACAACAAUACCUCCUUGACAACCGAGGGGGCGUGGGAGCAUCAGUAGAUAAUAAUUGACAGAGGCUACCUCAACAUGUCGGCUUAUGGUCCAUAGUUGGCGUCAGCACAUUCAUAUGCUUCUCUGACCUGAGAGAACGAUGCAUACGGUACAUAUCUCGUG